ACUACUUUUGAAUGGGAUAGAUCCAAAUAAAGAAUUGCGUGACUGAAAAGUUGAAAUUAUUUAAUGAACGAAUACAUGAAUCAAUAAUGAAAUAAAUAUUAUUUGAACGAAUUGUUGAUUAAAAGUAAGGUGUGAAACAGUACAACUAAACCCAUGUUUAUUUAUACAGAUAUGAAAACUGCUCCCCCUAAGACAGCGGCGUUCGCAAAUGCUGGUAGCGGAACGAACAUAGGGGCCGUGGUUGGGGGCACCCUUGGAGCCUUGGUUGCCCUGCUGCUGCUGGUGCUGCUCAUAAUCUGCCUGGUCAGGAGACGACGCCGCGAUGAUCCAGAGAAGAGCGUCAAACCGGGCCAGCGUUCCAUUCGUUACUUCUCACAAAGCGAUGACGUCACUGUAACGGAAAACGAGUUGUAUGAGUACGACGGUCAAACGCCGGGGCACACCACCAACGCGUUGUUCAUUGGUGGCAUACCGGAAACCCCCGCGAGUCCGGGUUACAUUCCACACUUUUUCACGGACAGCGGUGAUCGAUACGCCGUCAUUGUAGAUUCGACGAGGGCCAAGUCCAAAUCCAAAGAACGACCAAGUCUCUCAACGGUUCCACAGUCGACAUCUUCUAAGGGGUCUAGCGAUUCAAACACACAUUUAAACGAAAUGUCGAACGACCGCAGCAGCGCAUUUGAGUCAGACAGACUUUCUCUCUCUACGCCAAACGAAUAUACGAGCGAUAAGGAUCCGGGUAUGGGGGUCGGGAAUCCGGGUUACGACCCCGCCUAUUUUACUGCCAUAAGCGGCGAAGAAAAUUCCGGGAAAUCGUCAUCGCCCUAUGACUACAUUGACCAUGAUAAACUGCAAAGAGAUGAAGCUGGUUUUGACAUACCCGCCCAUCCAAGAGAGGCUAACAAUGUGGCGUCACCGGAUGUCGGGCAUGAAGAUCACUAUAAGAGGGUGAUUACUCCAACAAUUGACACCGACGAUGACGGUUAUUUGAAAUCUCCUAAACGCAUUUCAGUUCCCUGACACACGAAACAAAAUACAUUUCAUGAUCAUACCAAUUUUGUUCGGUUAGCGGGCAAUAGAAGGUUAACGUCAGACAAGUGGAAAUGUGUAUAUUUUAAUUGCAAACACUUUUGUCCUUACCGCUUUAGAUCAGCCGAAAAGCAUUUAUGAGGAGAAAUGCAUUGUGUUAGUGUCGUUGAACAUGCUCGCUUUAAAUAGUGUAUAUACGGUACAUAUUA